AUGAGAGUCCAGGACGUCCUGGGUAUACUCGGGUCCAUCCCCUCUCCUUUUCUGAAAACCCCCGAUGCCAGCCAGGGGCCUCCAGUUCGAUAUCUUUUUAGCUUCGGCAACUCUUACACCACCACGAGCUACAAUGUCUCAUCAACGCAGCCCUCCCCAGAGAACCCCAUGGGCAACCCACCGCUAGGAUCUGGCACCGCGGCCCCGGGACUCAACUGGGUUGGCUACCUCGCAACCGAGUACAACGACACCACCGUGCUGAGCUACAACCACGCAGUCUACGGCGCGACCGUCAACAACACCCUGACUCCCAAUCCCAGCGUUCCAGACGACCUAGCGCACCAGGUCUCUCGCGUCUUCGAACCGCACUAUUGUCUUCCAGCGGAGUCCGGAGUAUCCUGGACCCCGGCUGCGGCGCUGUUUACCGUUUGGAUGGGGAUCAACGACGUCCUCUUCCUCUCGGACCGAACGGACCCCGUCAAGGAUAUCCCUGAAAUCCUAGACAGUUACUUCAACCUCAUUGACCGCAUGCACGACUGCGGCGCCCGCGACUUCCUCCUCUUUAACAUCCCGCCUUGCGACCGCACCCCGCAGAUCCUUCUCCGCGAGCCAGUACAGAUCCUAGCUUACGACGCGCUAACGCGCGAGUUCAAUCGGCAGCUGCGGGAUGCGGCCGAGGACUGGGGAUCCGCUAAUCGCGAUGCAUCGAUCUCGGUAUUCGACGCCUGGGCGUUUUUCACCGAGAUCCUAGAUGCCCCGCAGAAGUACGGCUUCACGGAUAACGAGUGCAUGGGGCCAGGGUGUUUCUGGUUCGACGAUUUCCACCCCAUGUCACCCGUUCAUCAACUUCUCGCUGCAGAUGUGAGCAGGUUUCUGGGAUGGGAUGCAUGA